AUGUCAUAUCAAUAAAGAAAGGGCAUAAAAAACGAAAGUAUAGCAGAAUAUUUAGGUUAAUAAUUUAACAUUUAAACAUCAAAAAUUAAUGUGAUUCCAAUCAAAAUUAUGAGUCCUUAGAAGAGUCCUGGCAGAUUAUCAAAAUAAAAAAUUAUAAUUCAAGAAUGGAAGGCUCCCCUGAGAGAUUACGAAAUCUAUGUUUUAUUUCUAAUAAUGUGGUAUCUGAGUUUAGGAUUAGAUAAAUUGACGGGAUUGCCUUAAAGCGAAUUUCCAUAAACACAAUGGCCAAGGAAAUUUGCUUCCCCAAUAAAUUUAUUUAUAGUGUUCAUUAUUCUUUAUGGUUUCUUAACAAUCAUUUUCACGUUCAUUUGA